GCCUCAGCAUCAAUCACUAUGGAUUCAAUUCUCUACCUUGUCGCAAGAGCCGUCGACGAGAAUGGCAUUGACUCGGAUCACAUCGAUGUGAAUACUACGGACCCACUCAAGAUCGCGAUGUCAAGGAAAUACUGCAAAGUCGGCUCAUGUCCAGAGUCGUGGCAGGUCAUCGAAUAUCGACCCAAUAUUGCAGGAAACGUGAUCUACAUGCUCCUUCUACUCGCGCUUUUCGGUGGACAGUUGUGGUUCGGCGUCCGAAACAAGACAUGGUCGUUCAUGGGCACCAUGUGUGCUGGCGUGCUUGGAGAGGCCGUGGGAUACGUCGGCCGCAUCAUGCUCAAUCUCAAUCCUUUCAGUAUGAACAACUUCCUUGUUAAUCUUAUCCCACUUACUAUCGCGCCAGCUCUCCUAACUGCCGGCAUCUAUCUCUCCUUCGGUCGUGUCAUCGUCGCUAUCGGUGCCGAAAACUCGAGGUUGAAACACAAGAUGUAUACCUACAUUUUCGUCGGCUGUGACCUGCUCGCUCUCGUCCUCCAGGCUAUCGGAGGUGGUAUGGCCGCGACUGCCAAAGACAGUCAAGGUUCGAGGAAGGGUGUUGACAUAAUGAUUGCUGGCCUUAUCUCCCAGGUUAUCACCAUGACUCUCUUCCUCAUUUUGUGGGCCGACUUCGCCAUCCGUGUACGACGUGCGAAGAUCUCAGGAAGCUUGUUGCCCAGUCAGCCGCCUCUCUACAAACACCUUCGCUCUACGAAAAACUUCACCUUCUUCCAAUGGAGCCUUUUUGUCGCGACCGUACUCAUCUAUAUCCGCUGUAUAUAUCGUGUCGCCGAGCUCUGGGACGGCUUCAGUGGUGACCUCGCCAACCACGAAGCUACAUUCAUGAUCUUUGAAGGGCCGAUGAUCAUCCUUGCAGUGGCUGCGUUAACGGUUUUCCAUCCUGGUCGUGCGAGAUUUGCAGGAAGAGCAUCGAAGUUGGAAAAGCGCAGCGCCAGUGGCAUGGUCUUUGGGAUUACCGGCUGCGAGAGACCUUAA